CUACAACAUCAUUGCUUCCCAUCGUAUAUCUCCAGCACCUCAUACCAGGGAGCUGCAACGUUGGCACUUUGAGGGAGGCCAAAUGGACUUCUUUCUGUCCUCUACGCCAUCGUCGGGUUUGCUUCCAUUAUGACAACUACAGGAAGAUUACUUACUUUUUAGUCGUUUGUUCCAUUAUAUUAGUAUUUAUAGUAUUAGCAAUUGCCAGAAAUCUCUUAAGGAGCUCCCUUAAGGAGCUUCCUUAAGGAGCUUCCUUAAGGAAAUCAGUUUCCUUAAAGAAUUUUUAUUAUAAAAAGUUAUUAUAACUUUCCUUAAGAGGGAAAAAAUUUCCUUAAGGAGCUCCCUUAAGGACAAGCUGUUAUAAACUUAGGCUAAUAACAGCGGCUCCUUAAGGCCCUUGCUAGUACUACGAGUUCAAAGGUGUCAAGAACGUGCUAACGUGUUCGCGGCUGUUAGUUUGUAGGCUACUCACGUACACCAGCCACAUCCGCAGCAAGACACUACGCGCCCACCCCUAGCGAAUCGCCCCAACGAGCUGCCAACCGCUACCCUUGUCAUAUAUCGCCCAGCGCCUUUACUUUUUUUCAAAAACUUCAGGGAGGUCAUUCAAAUACAGAGAAAACUGAACGACCUCCCUGAAGUUUUUGGAAAAAAGUUAGCUCGCUCCCCUUCCGCGACUACCUUCCGCGCACAGCAAUCGACCACGGUACAGGAGCGCGCAGCAGCCCUUGGAGAUGGUUAACCAGUCUACUUCUAACCAGCACAAAAGCGGGAGAAUUGUAAGGGAGAGGGUGAGCACUUGAAAGGGUAGAGGCUGACGAGCGUGAUCAUAUUGAUUCGCGAGAAGGCCAAAGAUGCGCCUCAAAGUCGCAGCCGUUGAGGAUGUCGAUGGCUGUGAGAAUGAUAGCCGUGAGCACUUGCGUGUCUGAAGGGUGGACCCUGGUGAGCAUCAUCAUAUCCAUGAGAAGGCCAAAGGUUUGCAACUUUGCGCGUGAAGGUCGAAGCCGUUGAGGAUGUUGACUCGAUGCCUGUGAGAAUGAUAGCCGUGAGGACUUGCAUGUCUGAAAGGUGGACCCUGGUGAGCGUCAUCAUAUCCAUGAGAAGGCCAAAGAGAUACAUCUCUGUGUAUGAAAGUCGAAGCCGUUGAGGAUGUCGAUGUCUGUGAGAAUGAUAGCUGUGAGGACUUGCAUGUCUGAAGGGUGGACCUUGGUGGGCGUCAUCAUAUCAACGAGAGGGCCAAAGACGUGCGUCGGUGUGUGUGAAAGUCGAAGCCGACGCUGAGGAUGUCGAUGUCUGUCAGAAUGAUAGCCGUGAGGGCUUGCAUGUCUGAAGGGUGGACCCUGGUGAGCGUCAUCAUAUCCAUGAGAAGGCCAAAGGUGUGCAUCUCUGUGCUUGAAAGUCGAAGCCGUUGAGGGUGUCGAUGUCUGUGAGAAUGAUAGCCGUGAGGACUUGCAUGUCUGAAGGGUGGACCCUGGUGGGCGUCAUCAUUUCCAUGAGAAGGCCAAAGAUGUGCGUCUCUGUGUGUGAAAGUCGAAGCCGUCGAGGAUGUCGAUGUCUGUGAGAAUGAUAGCCGUGAGCACUUGCAUCCCUGAAGGGUGGACCUUGGUGAGCGUCAUCACAUCCAUGACAAGGCCAAAGAUAUACGUCUUUGCGCUUGAGUGUCGAAGCCGUUGAGGAUGUCGAUGUCUGUGAGACUGAGUGAUAGCCGUGGGCGCUUGCAGUUCUGAAGGGUGGACUUUGGUGAGCAUCAUCAUACCCAUGAGAAAGCCAAGGGCAUGCAUCUCUGCGCUUGAAAGUCGAAGCCGUUGGGGGUGUCGAUGUCUGUGAGAGUGAUAGCCUUGAGCACUUGCGUGUCUGAAGGGUGGACCCUGGUGAGCGUCAUCAUAUCCAUGAGAGGGCCAAAGGUAUACAGCUUUGCCUGUGAAAGUCGAAGCCGUUGAGGGUGUCGAUGUCUGUGAGGAAGUAGAUGAGGGCGGACCCUGGCGGGCGUCAUCAUGUCCAUGAGAAGGCCAGGCGCAUGCAUCUCCGUCGGUGAAGGCUGAAGGCUGAGGACGUCGAUGCCUGUGUGUGAGAGUGAUAACGGUGGGCCAUUGCAUGUCUGAGGCGCGGACCGUGGUGGGCGUCUUGCGUCAUGUCCAUGAAACAGCCAAGCUUAUAGACACACCCCCGCGCCUGAAGGUUGGGGCCCAGCUUCUGGCUCUGCGCAUAGAGAUGCCCAAGCGUGGCUUUCUCAUGGGCCUCGUCCAUGACGCUCGCCAGUGUCAGUGCCAUCCCAUGGGUAUGCUAUGCUUUAAGUUCUCCUGGACAUGAUCACACUCAAAAGGGUCCAACCUCUGUGCCUACAUAUGUCCAAGAGUGGCCUUCUCAUGGACUCCAUGACGCUCAGCGGGCCAGCCUUGGCGCCCAUUGGCUUGCCCCUAGCAAGCAAGUUGGCCAAGGCAGUAGCCAUAGCGGUAGCCUCCUCACUAGCCUCGCCACAGUGGGGGCCAGCUUCCCAGCCUUGGCGAGCAGACUUGGCGACUUUUUUCGUGUGUCUUUCUGUCUCUUAGUAGUCAACCUGUCUAGUUGUUAACCUAUGCCCAGCGCAGCGGGCCCUUGAUGGGCCCGCUUUCUGGGCAUGUAGUAAUAGUUAUAGAGAAUUCUUCUUUUUGAUUUUGACUUUUGAUUCCGCUAAUUUAUGCUGGUCCUGGUGGCGCAGGCGCCGUUGGGGAAGCAGCCUCAGACGAAAUUCAACGGACGGCGGAACGAAAGACUUCUGAUCUGGUAAAAUUGGCACAGAGGUUAUGCGUGGAAGUUCCAGUUCGUCUGUGUAAGUAAGUAUCCUGAAGCUACCCUAUUGCUGAGCUUUUAUCCUGCUGGGUAAGUCUAAGUACCUUAAGAUGAAACUAUUUCUAAAGACCCUGGAUACCUUUAAAAACUAUUACAGCACUUUAACUUUUUCUAACAUUCGGCGAUGUCUUCAUGUUUUCGUAUAUUGUCGGCGGUGGCGGAGGACAUGAGCUCACAGUCCAUUGGUGCGUGGCGGGCGUUAGCUAUAUCAAAGAUGGACUGCACAACCUCCUCGGAGAGGUCAAGGUCUGAAGAUACUAAAAAUCAUGAACAUCAGUGUCGCAACUUGGACGAUUUGUCAUACUUGUAUUUGGAAAAAAACGGGUACUAUCAUGUACGGCCAUUGUGCCAGCUCCAUUAACGAAAACAACUUUAGGUGUAAUAAUUGCACCUUGUAGGUGUUGCAAGUACU